AUGUCUGUAAUUAGGCCAAUCCCGAAGCUGAACCACAGUCAUCCGACCUACCUGGAGCCCUUCCAAAAACUACAGAUGAGUCAGCCUCACGCAGACGAGAUGUUCCAGUCGCAUGCGCUGGCAGCGGCUGCAGCAGCAGCGGCGGCGGCGGCGGCAGCAGCGGCGGCCACGUCAUCGAAAGUCCCUUCGGCCAUUCCCGUAUCUCGAGAGAGCGCCUUUACCCCCAUCCCGCAGAAGAAGCUCGCGAGCCCUAACGGUGCGGCCGCAGCAGCAGCAGCAGCGGCGGCUACAUUCUGUUUUAACAAUUGUCAAACCUGUGUGCCGCGGUCAACCGGAGGUUUCAACGAGAUGCAUCGUCUUCCUCAUUAUUUGGACAGUCUCCUCAUGCAGUCAUGCGAGCCGUUUUUCGGUAGUCACAGGAACGGACUUUUGGCGGCUGCCGCUGCAGCGGCCGCGGCCGUCGACCCGUCAGCGUCAUGCUUUGCUUACGGUCUCACCGAACAGUGCUUUACACUCGAUCCUCACCUACCUCAUCAUUCACCUAAGAUAUCAUCACAAUUCAAAAACGAAGACGGUAAGCUAUCACUCACAAAUUCGCUCAUUAGCACGCAGUUUCAACACCGAUACCAACCAAACACAUUAUCCUUAACCAAGAGUCCAUCUUCCGUCGCAAUGGCCGGAUUAGCUGGACAUACCCCUCGAGCAUGGACAGAAAAUAACAUUCUUUCUUUUCUGAAUAUCCCACCUCCUCUAUUAAACAAUACUGGAAACGGUGGAAACUCUGGUGUCACCGUUCGCCGGAAUGGAACGGGUGAAACAUCAGUCGCAAACCAAGCAAUUACAGCCGCCAUAUUAGCGAAAGAGUUCCGACAGACGAUCAGUCAUCCACCGCGUUACCAGUGCGAAGCUUGCAAAAAGAGUUACGCCACAUUCGGAGGACUGUCUAAGCACAAACAGUUUCACUGCAUCACGCAAGUCAAACGAGAAUUCAGUUGUAAGUUUUGCAGCAAGUCAUACGCAUCCCUAGGCGCGCUCAAAAUGCACAUACGAACGCAUACGUUACCGUGUCGGUGUAAGCUCUGUGGGAAGGCUUUUUCCAGGCCUUGGCUUUACAGGGACACAUUCGGACGCACACCGGCGAGAAGCCAUUCAAAUGCCCACAUUGUGGUCGGGCAUUCGCCGAUCGCUCAAACUUACGAGCUCACUUGCAGACGCAUUCGGAUGUGA